AUGGAAUUUUUUAGAACAUUGGAGAUGCUAAAAAUACUAAAUCAUACAGUGAUCACAAUCAUCCCAAAGAGCUCCCAUGCAACUAAUGUGGGUGAUUACAGACCUAUUGCAGGAUGUAACACAAUAUAUAAGGUGAUAUCAAAGAUGUUGUGUAAUAGGUUGAGAGAGAUAUUACCUACACUGAUUGCUGCUAACCAGAGUGCAUUCAUAGCAGGAAGAACAAUAGUGCAAAAUGUACUGAUAUGUCAAGAUCUGGUAAGGCUGUACAAGAGGAAGAACACUACUCAGAGCUGCUUAAUCAAGAUUGACUUGAGGAAAACAUAUGAUAGUAUAGAGUGGUCGUUUGUGGAAGAGAUGCUUCAUGCAAUGAACUUCCCUCAGAGAUUCAUAAAAUGGAUAAUGGCUUGUAUAACUACUACCAAAUACAGUAUUGCAAUAAAUGGAGGACUAUAUCGGAACAUAGUAGGGAAAAGAGGUUUAAGACAAGGGGAUCCCAUUUCACCCUUACUUUUUGUAAUUUGUAUGGAGUACCUAACUAGAAUUUUGAACAAAGUAGCUGAUAUGAGGGAGUUUGGGUAUCAUACGAAAUGCAGGGGAAUCAAACUGAAUCACUUAUGCUUUGCAGAUGACAUUUUGUUAUUCUGUAAAGGAAAUUACCAAUCAGCAAUGUUAAUGUUAAGGGGUCUUCAAUCUUUCACAAAUGCAUCAAGAAUGACUACUAAUGCAGGAAAAUCUAACAUAUUCAGUGCCAACAUGCCAAAGCAAGAACUGGAAGACUUAUGUGAGGCUACAGGAUAUCAGAAAGGGACAUUACCAUUCAGAUAUUUGGGGGUUCCAAUUUCAGCAAAGAAGUUAUCAAGCCUGGAUUGUGAAGUCUUAAUUGACAAGACGACUGCCAGAAUAAGGACAUGGAGUUCGAGGAACAUGUCUUAUGCUGGAAGGGUACAACUAAUUAAUGUUGUACUGCUACAUGUCCAUACAUACUGGUCAUCAAUUUUUAUUCUACCCAAAGCUGUGAUGGAAAAGUUGAUUGCAAUAUGCAGGAACCACUUGUGGGAUGGAAAGGAACAGACAAACAAAGCUCCUUUGAUAGCAUGGGAUAUAGUUUGCAGGCCAAAAUGCAAAGGAGGGCUAGGAAUAAAGGAUUGUUUAGUAUGGAAUGAGGCUGCUAUUGCAAAAUAUAUUUGGAAUAUAGCUCAAAAGGCUGACAACUUGUGGGUGAAAUGGGUGAAUCAUGUGUAUAUUAAAGAAGCUAGCUGGGAUCACUAUGUACCACCAAAUGAUUGUAGUUGGUACUGGAAGAGAAUUUGUAAUAUAAAGGAAAAGUUCAAGGAUGGAUAUAGAGGAAAUGACUGGCAACAUAUAGGAGGGAGAGAAAGACUGGAAAAAAUAGGUAUAUGUACAGAAACAAGAUGUGAAAUUUGUGGAGGAAGCAAGGAAACAAUUCAACAUUUGUACUUCGAGUGCCAGUUUUCAAAGGAAUGCCUGAAAAUUCUGCUGGAAUGGCUGGGACUGGAGACUAAGGAACCAGACAUUGCUGGUAUAUGGAGAAGACUGACGAGAAGGGUUAGAGGUAAAAUGUGCAGGAAAAUUAUUAUAGCAGCUAUGGCAGCACUAGUAUACAAGAUAUGGCAGGUCAGAAAUGAUGCGAUAUGGAAUAACAAAGUUGCCCAACCGCAGGUGAUAUGUCGAUAG